AUGUCCUUUACUAGAUUGUCCAAGCAAUUCCAACCAUUUGCAAAAAGAGCCGUUGCAAGACAAACAGCAUCUUAUGCAUUGACUCAGUCGCUUCGCCACUUUACCAGGCCAGCUAUUUUCAACGCUACUAGACCUGUUGUAUACAACUCCAUCAAAACAAAUUUGAGAUCUUACAGUGUCUUGACGGAGUCACCAGAAGCUAAAGCAUACGACUACGAUGAUGUUAAAGACAUUGCUGCUAAUCCAGACAAACACCCUGAUUCAGUCUUGAUAGAUGUCAGAGAGCCUGUUGAGUACGACGAUGGUCAUAUUCCUGGCGCAAUUAAUGUACCAUUCAAAAGUAGUCCAGGUGCCUUGGACUUGUCUGAAGACGACUUUCUUGAUAACUUUGGAUUUGAGAAACCCGACAAAAACAAAGAGUUGGUAUUUUAUUGUCUCGGGGGUGUUAGAUCUACCGCGGCUGAGGAGUUGGCAAACACAUUUGGAUAUAAAAAGAGAGGUAAUUACGUUGGCAGUUACGAAGAUUGGGUUGCCCAUGAAAACAAGAAGAAGUCAGAUUAA